AUGCCUCCAAGACACCAAACCCUUCCUCCCGCGCAAACCAGCUCGGCGAAAGAGGCCCAGAAAUCCUUCUACUGCAACCUCUGCUCCAAGGGCUACUCCCGCAUGAACGACUAUGAGGCCCAUCUCAGCAGCUACGAUCACAGCCACAAGCAGCGCCUCAAGGACAUGAAGGCCAUGGUGCGCGAUCCCAACGCAGGCGCAAAGGCGAGGAAGGCCGAGGCCAAGGCAGACGGCAUGAUCAGCAUCAAGUUGAACGACCAGGAAGCGCCAUCCUCUGGCGGUGGCGGUGGAGGAGGCUUCAAAAAGGGCGGCUUCAAAAAGACUGGCUUCAAGAGUGCUUUUGCUCCGGUAGAGGCGUCGUCAUCAACUCCGGCUGCUUCGCAACCAGCAGUGAUUGAUGCGUCCCGUAAACCAGCGAACCAGGCCGCUCGUGCGCUCAUGGAUACGGAAAAGACGGGCCUCUACAAGGGCUCUCUCGUGGAGAGCGAUACGGAAGAUGAAGGAUACGAAGUCUACGACCCAAGAUUCCCCACUGAUUGA